AUGGCAGAGGAAUCACUAUCGGCCCUUAAAAUAAAAAUGGGCAUCGCAAUGGGUAGUGUUACUAGGUUAAAAACAUAUUAUGAGAGUGUAGACGAAAAUAACUUAAAUGAAAAAAUUAUUGCACAAUUAAAUGCAAGAUUAAAUAAGGUAGAGGCUUCUUGGGAUGAAUUCAAUGAAUUGCAAACAAAAAUAGAAAUUCUAGAUUCCCAGGAAGCCGAAACUGGUGCGACCAAAAGGGAACACUUUGAAAACUUAUUUUUUGUACUAACCGCGGACAUAAAUACAACAUGUAAAAAAUACAAUGAAAUGUCAGAUGUGUCUGUGGCCGGGUCCGUAGUAGCAGCCUCGGUUAGAAAUAAUAAUAUAAACCUUCAAUCUCAAUCAAUGAUUAAAUUACCAACUAUAAGGUUGCCGGGUUUUGAUGGUAAUUAUAACAACUGGUUGGAAUUCAAAGAUAGUUUUGCGGCUUUAGUUGAUAAUAACGAGUCACUAUCUGACAUUCAAAAGUUUUAUUACCUUAGAUCAGCAUUAGAAGGAGAUGCCGUGCAGGUUAUAAAAUCAAUUGAAGUAUCUGCGGCAAAUUACUCGCACGCCUGGCAAUUACUUUUAGAUAGGUUUAAAAAUAAAAAAUUAAUAAUCCAUAACCACAUAAAGGCAAUAUUUGAGCACCCUGGUGUAGUAAAAGAAUCUUACACAGAAUUACGUAAGUUGUAUGACAAUGUUAUAAAACAUCUCAGGUCAUUAAAAACCCUAGGUGAAAAAACGGACGAGUGGUGUAAUAUAAGUAUGGUUGCUUAG